UUCUUCAAAAUUCACUCAUUACACUACCCAUCUCACACUUCUCUCUAUUUCUUGUUUCUUGAUUUUGUAUCUUCCAAAUCCUCUUUUUCAUGGAGUUGAUUACUUCUUCUUCUUCCUCCUUAUUGGUGGAAUCCAUUUCAAGCAUUUUUAGCUUGAUUUUCUUUGGAUUUACCCUAUUAUUCUCUCUUUUCUCUUUACUUAUCUUUCUUUCGAGAUUAAAGCCAUGGUGUAAUUGUCAGAUUUGCAAAAGCUAUGUCACUGCUUCGUGGACAAAAGAUUUUGCAAAUCUUUGCGAUUGGUAUACUCAUCUUCUCAAGAAAUCCCCAACCGGUACAAUCCACGUUCAUGUUCUUAAUAAUAUAAUUACUGCAAACCCUGAAAAUGUUGAAUACAUUCUCAAAACCAAUUUCGAAAACUACCCGAAAGGGAAGCCUUUUUCUGCUCUUUUGGGCGAUCUUCUGGGCAAAGGUAUUUUCAACGUCGAUGGCGAUGCCUGGAAAUUUCAAAGAAAAAUGGCGAGUCUGGAGCUGGGCAGCGUAUCAAUAAGAUCAUACGCUUUCGAUCUUAUAACAAGUGAAAUUAAAGAAAGAUUGCUUCCUCUUUUAUCCUCAGUCUCUUCCGAAAAUCGAAGUUUAGAUUUACAAGAUGUUUUCAGAAGAUUUUCCUUCGAUAGCAUUUGUAAAUUUUCCUUCGGGUUGGACCCGGGUUGUUUAAAGCUUUCUUUACCCGUAUCAGAAUUCGCUCUUGCUUUUGAUACUGCAUCAAAAUUAUCAGCAGAACGAGCUUUAACUGCAUCGCCAUUGAUUUGGAGAAUCAAAAGAUUUUUCAACGUCGGAUCGGAAAAAAUCCUUAAAGAAGCUAUAAGGAUGGUGGAUGAGUUAGCAGAGGAGAUGAUAAGGCAUAGAAGAAACGUGGGUUUCAUGAACAACAAAGAUCUUUUAUCAAGAUUUAUGGGAUCCAUAAAAGAUGAGAAAUAUCUUCGAGAUAUUGUUAUUAGCUUUCUAUUAGCAGGUCGCGAUACAGUUGCAUCAGGGUUAACCAGUUUCUUCUGGUUGUUAACGCAAAACUCAGAUGUUGAAGAAGCAAUUCGAGAUGAGUCGGAUCGGGUUCUCGGAUUAAAUAAAGAGAUUACUUGUUAUGAUCAAUUAAGAGAACUGCAUUAUUUAAAUGCUGCCAUUUAUGAGAGCUUGAGGUUAUUUCCACCGGUACAAUUUGAUUCUAAAUUCGCACAAGAAGACGAUAUAUUACCUGAUGGCACAUUUGUCAGUAAAGGUACUAGGGUCACAUAUCAUCAAUAUGCAAUGGGUCGGAUGGAUCGGGUAUGGGGUCCGGACUGUCUAGAAUUCAAGCCAGAAAGAUGGUUAAAGAAUGGGGUUUUCGUACCGGAAAAUCCAUUCAAGUAUCCAGUUUUUCAAGCCGGAUUUAGGGUUUGUUUGGGAAAAGAAAUGGCAUUAGUUGAGAUGACAAAUGUAGCUCUUGCGGUGAUUAGAGCAUUUAAUGUUCGGGUUGUGGAUCCGGAACAAGCUCCGAGAUUUUCUCCGGGUCUUACUGCCACAGUGAGAGGUGGGUUACCGGUUGUGAUUCAAGAAAGGGAAUCAUCAUCAUCAUCAAAAUCAUCAUGAUCAGCAAAUCACCAUUGUCCAUUAUUGAUUAGGUCUUGGAUAGUUAGAUGAUCAAUUAUGUACAUAUUAAUUAUUAAUGAUCCAUAUCACUCCUAAUUAAUUGGUCAAAAUAUAUGAAUUUGAUGAGUACCUACCUUUGUUGUACAAA